AUGGCAGAAGAUGAUUUAGAUAAUGAUGUCACUUUGAGGGGUGUGCAGACGGAAGCACCUGAGAUUGCAGAAUCUGCUCGUAAGAUGUUGCUGGAGUUUAUUGCAGGCAUUUUCUCAGCAAUGGUAGUGGCCUUACUCUACUGGCUCUUCAGGAAAAAGGUCAUUCCAUUUCUUAAGCAACGUAAGACUUUGAAAGCAGGAAAGGAACAUAAAAGCUUUGAGCAUGACACUAUAUCAUUAAGGUGUUUUGAUUUUAAGGAAGUAGAGAAAGCAACAGCAAAUUUUAGCGAAGAUUGCUUGCUAGGUUCUGGUGCAUUUGGAAAUGUCUACAAAGGAACUUUUGAGUUAGAAGGAACACUGGCCAUUAAGAGAGCUCAUUUUGAAUCAUUCACAAGUGUGGAUGAAUUCAGAAAUGGUUAG